GCAGCAGCGCGCCCCGGCCCGGCCGGCAUCAUGGGCCGCAGGUUCUGCCUGGCUCUUGUGCUGGCUGCUCUCCCUGCAGUGUCUGCCAGUGAAGAGGUACCUGUGGCCCACCAGGACUCCUGGGGAGACUUCUGGCUGUUCCGUUUCUUGCUCAAUGCUGCCGGCUAUGCAAGCAUUGUGGUGCCAGGCUUCUUGAUGAUACAGUAUUUCAAGAAGAACAAUUACCUUGAGACAGGCCGAGGUAUUUGCUUUCCAGUUAUCAGAUCGUGUGUUUUUGGCAACGAGGCCAAGUCAGGACCCCAGGAUGACGCCUUGCUGGCAGCUCGGAAUGAGACCGUAGAGUCCUCUACUGCCCGGCAAAUUUUUAAGCUGCUGUUCUGUGCGACGGGCCUACAGAUCUCCUACUUGACAUGGGGUGUCCUCCAGGAACGUGUGAUGACCAGAACAUACGGAGCAACCGAGUCAGACCCUGGCGAGAAGUUCAAGGAUUCUCAGUUCCUCGUCUUCAUGAACCGGAUCCUCGCCUGCACUGUAGCCGGCCUGUACUGCGCCCUGACCAAGCAGCCCCGUCACGGUGCCCCCAUGUACAAGUAUUCCUUUGCCUCCCUCUCCAACAUCCUCAGCAGUUGGUGUCAGUACGAGGCGCUCAAGUACAUCAGCUUCCCCACCCAGGUGCUGGCCAAAGCCUCCAAGGUGAUUCCAGUCAUGCUGAUGGGAAAGCUGGUGUCGCGCAAGAGUUACGAAUACUGGGAGUACCUGACAGCAGCACUUAUCUCCGUAGGGGUCAGCAUGUUCUUGCUUUCCAGCACACACAACAAACACCUCUCCACCGUCACCACCUUCUCUGGCGUGGUCCUCCUGGCGGGCUACAUUGUCUUUGACAGCUUCACCUCCAACUGGCAGGACGCACUCUUCACCUACAAGAUGUCCUCCGUGCAGAUGAUGUUUGGGGUGAAUGUCUUCUCCUGCCUCUUCACUGUGGGCUCGCUGCUAGAGCAGGGCGCCUUGCUGGAGUCGGCGCGCUUCAUGGCCCGCCACUCCGAGUUUGCCGCCCAUGCUGUGCUUCUGUCCGUGUGCUCGGCUUUCGGGCAGCUGUUCAUCUUCUACACCAUCAACCAGUUUGGCGCCGCAGUUUUCACCAUCAUUAUGACGCUGCGGCAAGCCUUCGCCAUCCUCCUCUCCUGCCUCAUCUACGGCCACGCGGUCACGGUGGUGGGCGGGCUCGGGGUAGCUGUGGUCUUCAUGGCGCUUUUCCUCCGCGUCUACGCCCGCAGCCGCAUGAAGAAGAGAGCAAAGAAGCCGCCUGCCGAGACCACAGUGCAAAAGGUUUAG